AUGGAGGGCCAACAGUCUUCACCAGCGCCUACGGUUCUGGAUACGCACAUCGAACAUCCACAUCCUCUUCGACCGAACGUUGGCCCCAGCGCGCCGGUUCGAGAUGCUGAUCCUAAGAAAGCUACUGAUAGGAUCAGAUUGAGUGUCGUAUGGGACGCGACUACUCUGAACGUAUGGCUCGACCUCAACGAAUACGGCGAAGAUUUCUACCAAGCCUUCCAGCAACAGGCUGCGAAGCAGCGCAAGGAUGUACUAGAUCGAACUACAAUGAGAAUCCAACUAAAGAAAGACAAGAACCUACCGUACGAGGAAGCUUACUCGCUCUCUCUUGACGAGGACGAGUUGGAAGCAGACUGGGAAACGACCUGCGAAUGGUUAAAUGCCAAUAAGAGAGACAAGAUGCCGCACAUCUAUGGGGUGGUCGAGACGGAUGGAGGGUGA